GCCUGCAGAUGAAGAGCCCUGAGAAGAAGCGCCGUAAAUCCAACACCCAGGGCCCGGCCUACUCGCACCUGUCCGAGUUCGCGCCGCCGCCGACGCCUAUGGUGGACCACCUCGUGGCCUCCAACCCCUUCGAGGAUGACUUUGGGGCGCCGAAGGUGGGCGCUGCCUCAGCCCCGUUUCUGGGCAGCCCCGUGCCCUUCGCCAGCUUCCGCAUGCAGGGUGCCAUGGCCGCCCCGGUGCCGCCGGGCUACGGUGGGGGCCCGCAGCCCCUGCGUCGCCAGCCGCCCCCCUUCGCACCCGGCCAGAUGGGCCCAGCCUUCAGCCUGCCCCCCCAGGCCCCCGGCUAUGUGCAGCCCGGCGGUAUGAGCUUCCCCAGCCAGCCCUUCAGCCAGUCCCUCGGACAGAACUUCAGCCCCACGGCCGGGCAGCUCCUGCAGGGCCCUGUCGGGGGCUUCGGGCCCAUGAUCUCGCCCACCAUGGGGCAGCCACCGCGGGCGGACAUGGGGCCGGGGCCCGCGCUGAACCCCCCAGGUGGCCCCUCCAUGGCGCAGAGGUUCGGCCAGCCGGGCACCCUCUUCGGACAGUCGCCCAUGCAGCGGCCCAGCCAGACCCUGCCCAACCUUCCCCCUAACACCAGCCCCUUUCCUGGGGCCGACCCCGGCUUCCCGGCCGGCGCGGAGGAUGGAGCCAAGCCCCUCAACCCGCCCGCCAGCACCUUCAGUCAGGAGCAGCACUCGGGCUCACCAGCUGCAGUCAAUGGGGCCCAGCCCAGCUUCGCCCCUGGCAGCACCACCCGCAGCAGCAGCACCCCUGAGGCCAACAGCCUCCCACCGCCCAGCAAGGCGCCUGGCAGUUCAGGGCACCAGCCACCACCGGGCCUGGUGUACCCCUGUGGGGCCUGCCGCAACGAGGUCAACGACGACCAGGAUGCCAUCCUGUGUGAGGCCUCCUGCCAGAAGUGGUUCCAUCGCGAGUGCACGGGCAUGACAGAGAACGCCUAUGGGCUGCUCACCACUGAGGCCUCGGCUGUCUGGGCCUGUGAUUACUGCCUCAAGACCAAGGAGAUCCAGUCCGUCUACAUCCGCGAGGGCCUGGGGCAGCUGGUGGCCGCCAAUGACGGCUGAGCCAGGCGGGCCCGCUGCCCCCACCAGACUCGUUCCUCCCUGGGCCCUGUCCCCUGCCCUGUCACCCCCCUGCCCCAUGUCUGCCAGCAA